AUGGACACAACGAAGCCCCACACCAAGUACCGAGCCUCCUGCGAUGGGUGCUAUCUUGCCAAGCUGAAAUGCACAAAAGAGAGGCCGAUAUGCCCUCGCUGCAAGAAGCUAGGCUUAACAUGCACUUAUAGUCCAUCUCAAAGAACGGGCAAGCGUCGUGCGCCAAAGUCCCAGGCGUCAUCUUCAGGCUCAACAACGACAACGACAACACCAACAAGCCCGGCACCAUCAUCCUCAGGAGUCUUGGAAUGGCAGCCGGCUGCAUCCUCUCAGGCCAGUACCAUGGUGCCAACAGAGACUCUGGCACUACCCUUCGAAAAGGCCUUUUUCGCACCAAACAAUGACCCCCAACAAUCCCCAAUGGACGCGACAAUGUCGAAUUGGCCUAGUCCAGCGAACGCGUUACAAGACUUUGAUUCGGACCUCCUCGCCCCCUGGCGCGGAUGUCUGCCUAGUUCAGAGAAAGAUGAUCCUCUGUUCGAAACCUCAGACGAUUUUGUAGACGAUUUCAUUAGCAUGACUGCACUACCUUCCCACCAACAGUCCUUCAACGCAACGAACGGGGCACUCAGCCACAUUCUCCAGACCUGCAACUGCUUCGACUCCAUAACCCAGAUCCUGCAAAAGGUGCACAAUCAAUCGCGACGGUCCAGCAAUCCCAACCUCGAAGCGACGUUGAGCUGCAGCAAAGAAGUGACCGCUCGGGGCGAGGCAUUGCUGAAUUGCACAUGUACCGAGGACAGCACCCUCGUCAUGCUCUUCGCGGCCUUGGUGGCAAAAUACCUAUCGCUAUAUGCCGCCCACAUCGACCUCACCUCUUCCUCCUGGACAUUCCUCGCUGACAUCUCCGCCGCCUCCUCUCGCGUCACGAUUGGAGGAUACACUAUGGAUGCGGAGGACGAGGAACGGUUGCGGAUAGAGAUUGUACUGAUGGAGCUGCAAAAGUUGAAUACACUGUUGAUGAAGUUUCAAGGCAAGUUUUCGUCGUCGGAAAUGGGCUAUGAGAGCCAUACGUAUGAGACUAUGGUUGCUUUCUUGAAUAUGAGACUGAGGGAGGCGAUGGACAAGCUGCAGCGACAGAAGCAGAGAUACCAGCCCCCCUCGUAG